GGAAUGGCUCCAAAAUCUUCCCGGUAUUUCGUCGAGCACCUGCUCUGCUACCGUCUUCUCCGUCAACAUCGCGCGCCGGCGCCGCCCACCUCAGCUCCAACUCCUCCACAACUGGCCAAUGCAACGCCGCCAUCGGGGGCCGCCUCGACUCCGGAUUCCCCGCGGCGGCCGUAUCCACCUUCGCCGCGAUGCUCCGCGCCGGCGCACGCCCGGACGGCUACACGCUCCCGCUCCUCAACCGCGCCGCAGCCUCCCUCCCCGCCAGCCGCGGCGAGGCCGAGCUCGUCGGCGCCGCCCACGCCGUCGGCGUCAGGGCGGAGUUCGCCGCCAACGUCUACUUCUGCAACACGCUGGUGGAUGCCUACGCGCGGCGCGGGGAUGGUCGCGUGCGCCAGGAAGCUGUUCGACGAAAUGCCCACGCGCGACGUGGUUUCUUGGACGUCGCUGGUCUCUUCGCAUGCCGGUGUCUGGGACGUCCGGGAGGUGUCCCGGGUGUUGUACUACAUGCGGCUGGACGGCUGCCAGCCAAGCGCCGUGACUCUCGCCGUGGUGCUCCGCGUGUGCACGGCCAAAUAGAACGUCGGCGGCGGGGGGCAGCUGCACUGCUACGCGGUGAAGAUCUUGACGCACUUGUGCAGGAUGGCAGCCUCGGACGACGCGGUGGCGCUGUUCCAGCAGUCUCCGAGAAGAGAUGCAAUUUCUUGGAACAUUAUGAUCUCAGAGUAUUCUUCGGAAGGGAACAUUUCCAAAGUUGCCGAAAUGUAUCAAAGGAUGAGAAGAGAGGAGGUGUGUCCUAGCUGCCAGACCUUAACCACAGUAGUUGCUGCAUUCGCCAAGUGCAAGUGUCUCCGAGAAGGUGAGAAACUGCAUUCUUUCGCUUUUAGGAGCUGUCUCAGCGAUGCAAUUUUGGUGGAGUCCUUUGUUGAUUUUUAUGCCAAAAUGCGACAGAUUAGAUUGAUCAGUUCAGUCAUUUGAAGAAUUCAGCGACACAGGCAGUUGCAUAUGGUCAGCCAUGAAUUGGAGCUUUAUUUGCUGUUGGCAGUUUAUAGAAGUAAUACAUUUGUUUGGGCGAAUGUUAAAUUCUACAUUUGUUCCAGUGCGUUGAGCUGCAAGGAUUAGUCAUCAGUUACAGAGAACUUGGUGCACUACGGCUAGGUAAAGCAACUCAUGGGUACAUGAUAAGAAACAAUUAUGAAGCACAAUCUGAAAAGAGCGCCUUGGUGACAUCCAUCAUUAAACUCUAUGCUAGGCUGCUAGCUGUGGGAGCAUUAAUUUGGCACGAAGGUGCUUUGACAGCAUCCAUCAGAAAGAUAUUGUUGCCUGGAGUUCAAUUAUUGAAGCAUACACGAUCCAUGGCUAUGGUAUGGAGGCUCUGGAAAUCUGGCAUUGUUCCACAUGAUGCUAGACGAAGGAGGAAGGCCAAAUGGGGUGACUUUCCUGAGCUUGUUGUCAGCAUGUAGUCACUCCGGGCUUGUUAAUGAAGUUCAAGAGUUUUUUGAUUGCAUGACAAGAACGUUUGGCAUCACACCUGAGCUUGGCCAUCACACCUGCAUGGUGGAUGUUCUUGGACGAUCAGGCAACCUAGAUGAUGCUUUGCAAGUUAUCAGUGAUAUGAAUGUUAAGCCAGAUGGGAGAAUUUGGGGUGCUCUCCUUGCUUCAUGCAGGACAUACUCGAACAGUAAGCUUGCUUCUUAUGUGGCUCAGAAACUUAUGAAAUUGGAACCAGGUAAUGUUGGCUACCAUGUGGUGUUCAGCAAUACCCAAGCUAGUAGUGAUCAGUGGGAUGAAGUUGAAAGCAUUAGAAGCUCUAUGGUAGAGAUGGACCUGCAAAAGCUGCCUGCAUGGACUUGUGUUGCUGAGACUGGUAGCCCUUGAUUUGGUGUGAGAUUGAAGUUUCUAUUGAUGGGCCCUGUAGCCAGUGCACUGUUCUUUGGAGCCGAUCACCUCGUGACCGCCGCUGUCAAUGGGGGUUGUUCGUGGCAGGCAGAGUUCAGCUGCUUGCUCGAGGGUCAAAUCGGUCGGAUUGGAUGGGAUGCGAAUAUCUGGCAUUACUGGCCGUGAAGUUCUCAGCUCACAAGCUCUGAAACUGGUUAAUAGAAGGCGGAAACACAAACGGGCUCACUAGAAGGCGCUCAAUGGUUCUUUUGCGCCUGUUCUCAUUCUUAAUCCCAUCUGGAGCUGUAGAACCAUCAGGAUGUGAAGAAACACGAUGAGCAACAGAGUGGGUAUUUCAGCAUCACUCCUAGUAAGUAGAUUUCGGUGUUACAGUAAAAUUUAUGUCGGAUACACUUCAGAGUUGGUUUUUGUAGCCUUCUGUUGACCUGCUAUGAUCCACUUUUUUCUUACCUGUCUGCACAAGAUUUUGAUUACUGGAAAUGCUUUGGCGAUAUUGGUUUUCCUCUAUUUGAUAAGAGACCAUGAUCUUGUGCCUCUAGUUGGUCAUUCUGACUCUAAAGCUAUUUCACCUUUUGGACCAAACAGAGGAUUUUAUUUUAUAUUUCCCCUGCUAUUAUUUUUUAAAAAAACAUUAACAAUAAUAGUAUCACAUAUAUUGUAAUUUAACAUGAUUGAACUAUUAUCUUGUAUUUGUGUUUUUUUAUGUUCUUCACUAAUGAAUUAGUUCACAGUACCAUCAACUUUUGUUUUUGUAUGCUAGGACUGAAGCUGAUGUGUAGCUAUUGCUAGUGCUUUGUGUUCUUAACUAAAAGCAAACAUCAUCAUCGUUGCUAUCUAUAUAAUAACCAGAUAGAAUAAAUGGCUGAGUCCGUGCUCCUUAUCGCACUCGGCAAAAUCACGGCUGCACUGGGUGCAGAUGUUCUGCAGCAAAUUCGGAACCUCUUGCCAACAGAAGUGUCGCUAUUUGGGCAGCUCACUGGGCGCAUGAACCGGAUCAAAAAAGAGUUGUUUGUGAUUCAUGCAUUCCUGUCACAGGCCGACUUGCAGGGUGUUCAGACCAGAACAGUUGAAGCAUGGGUGGAUGCUGUUAGGAAGGUUGCCUUGGAUGUUGAAGACGUAAUUGAUGAGUACGUUCAUCUAUUAGGCCAGCAAAAGUGUGGAUGGUUCACUUCAGUCAAAGGAAAAUUUGGAAGAUCUCAACACCUUUGUUUGUGGCUUCAAAUUGUUGAACGGCUGAAGGAGAUUGAGAGAGACCUUUGGCACAUCUCGGAGAUGAAAGACAGAUGGAUUCAUACCAGUACUGAGCUAUUGGGCAGAGGCAAUUUGGAUGGUGACUAUCAUUGUGCCCUUCCAUAUUCACCUCAGUGUGGUUACUUCAUUAAUUCAGAUGAUAUGAUUGGGUUUGGUAACUACAAAAUGUUGUUGAUCAAUUGGUUAGCACAAAAAGAUUCGAGUACUUCGGUAAUGGUUAUUUUGGGAAUGGGGGGAAUAGGCAAGACCACACUUGCUUCAAAUGUUUAUGAGACUGAAAAGAGUAGGUAUGAUUGUAGUGCCUGGAUAGCUACAUCCCAGGUAUAUAACAUUUGCUCUUUGUUGAGAACGACAAUCAGACAUUGUUUCAAGAACACAAAAGAAAUCCCACCUAAUGUUGACAUAAUGGAUCAACACAGCCUCAUUGUUGAACUUCGAGAAUUCUUAAAAGGACGAAGCUGCUUGGUUGUUAUUGAUGAUGUCUGGGAUCAUGUAUGUAUUGGUACUAUUCUCAAGGCGUUUUCUCACAAUGAGCACAGAAACAAAAUUAUCAUAACCACUAGGGAAAUUCAGAUAGCAAAGUUUGUGGAUCAAAGCUAUAUGAUUCAAAUGGAAAAAUUAGAGGAGAGUGAAGCAUGGGACCUUUUCUGCAGAAAGGCUUUCCUAAAUGAGAAAGAAAAGUCAUGUCCUGAAGAGUUAGUCGGUAUUGCAAAGGAUAUUAUGAAGUGGUGUUGUGGUCUACAAUUAGCCCUAGUUACUAUGGGUGGACUCCUGUCCCUGAGAGAAAAAAACAAUAGCGAAUGGAAACGUGUCUACAACAACUUGCUUUGCAGUUUUGACAAUGAUCCAGGCCUUAAUCAUUUGAAACAUGUGCUCAACCUUAGCUACCGUUAUCUACCAGAAUAUCUCAAAGAUUGCUUUCUGUUCUGCAGCAUAUUCCUAGAGAACAGUAUGAUCAAGCGGAAGCACCUGAUAAGACUUUGGAUUGCAGAAGGCUUUGUGGAGGACAGGGCAGGAACUACGAUGGAAGAGCUAGCGCAUGAUUACUUAUCAGAACUCAUUCGUCGAGGAAUGUUGCAGGUCAUGAAGAGGAACGAGAAUGGCAGGGUGAAGCACUGUCGGAUGCAUUGCAUCGUACGAGAGGUCACAAUCUCGCUAUGCAAAUCGAGGGGUUUCCACAUGAUAUGGGGCAACAAAGAAUCAACAUCUGCAUAUGAGGCACGUCGUUUUGCUAUACAUGGAAUUAAUCAGUCCAGUUCCGAAAUCCUAACUGAUCUACCACAUGUACGCACAUUCCUUUCGUUUGAUGUCACAAUGUCUGACACCUUGCUGUCAAGAAUAGUAUGCAGCUCUAGAUAUUUGACAGUGUUAGAUGUAUCAGGGGCAUUAUUUAUCAAGGAAGUUCCGAAACAAGUUGUAUCUCUCUUCAACCUGCGUUACUUAGGCUUACGUAGGACUAAGGUGAAGAAGCUUCCUAGUUCUUUGGGAAGGCUUGCAAAUCUACAAACACUGGAUCUUCAUCACAGUUGCAUAAGUAGACUGCCCAGUGGAAUAACCAAACUAGAAAAGCUUCGACAUUUGUUUGUCGAGACAGUGAAGGACUCCAGUUUUCAAAGUCUGAAUGCUUGUAGCGGUGUUGGUGCUCCUAGCGGUAUAUGCAAGCUUAAGUCUUUGCAGACAUUGUUCACAAUAGAGGCAAGCAAGUGUUUUGUGCAACAGGCAAACAAACUGGUUCAGCUAAAAAGCUUCCGGAUCACAAAAGUUAGAGGAUCUCAUUGCUCAGUGCUGUCUGAGUCAAUCAAAAGAAUGAAGCAGUUGGUGUACUUAGAUAUCUUAGCUAGUGACGAGGAGGAAAUACUUGACCUGGACAUCAGUCCACCGCCAAGCACCCUUGAGAAGCUUUGCCUGAGGGGAAAACUGAAUGAUUCUAAUCUGCACUCUUUCUUCAAUUCCUUUUGCAACAAUCUCACAUGUCUUUUUCUUGGUUGGAGUAGUCUAAGCAGAGACCCCCUCCCAUUGUUGUCCCAGAUGACAAAUCUUGCAUUCCUCUGGCUCCAACGGGCAUUCGAUGGCCCGCAGUUGAGGUUUGUUCUGGGAUGGUUCCCAAGAUUGAGAAGGCUGCAUCUGAAAGACAUGGACCAUCUUCAUUCUUUGGAGAUUGAAGAAGGUUCAGUGGUCAGUUUGGAGGUGCUGGAGAUGACUGGUCUUAAUGAGUUGAAUGAUAUUCCCGGAGGUAUUUUCUUUCUGAACAAUCUUCAAGAGGUGUACCUCGAUUCAAUGCACAAGGACUUCAUUAACCACCAGAGCGAGGGUGAAAAUGUUGAAGAUUUCCCAAGAUUCAUCUACGGCCACAGCCCCAACUUUUGGAGAGGGGAAGAUGUGGCAUAUUGUCACCAAUACACAUAGAGUUCUUCAUCCAAAUUUCCACAAACUAGUUCAGACAAGAAACAACCGACACCUCUGGCAACUGCAUCUGUGAGAAGGCAAGGGUCAAUCACAGCCUCCCGUCCAUGGCGAUGCUUGUGCCAGCUGCCCCAAGAGUUGCGGGAACCUGAGCAUCCACUACCCAUUUGGCAUCGGAGCAGGCUGUUCUGGCAGCCCGACUUAUCUUACCUGCGACCACUGCUGGAGAUGCAUCGGAGAAAGAGGCAUUAGUGUUGGUUGGUAACCCUUUUUUUAGUCCUGUUGUGUAAUCGGUAUUUUUAGUCCUAAUUAUACAAUGUAGAAUUAAAAACUAUCUUUAAUACCGGUUGGUGUUAUUAACCGGUACUAAAGAUAAUUUUUUAUUUUUUUUACUGAUGGUUGUUUGCUGUACAUAUAUGUAUGUAUGUAUGUACUCCCUUUGUUUCA